UUGCCCGGUGAUGUCAUCAGUCCGUCCCAUGAAGACCUGGCCUGAGGCAGGGCCAGGUUGGGGCUGCCAUGUUCUCGAUGCUGCCCCUCCCCUCCUGGCUCCCGGGCCUCCCCUCCUUGGAGUGGGGCUGCAGCCUCCUCGAUGGGCUCCUGCAAGGCCUCACUGGGGCCUUCGGGGUCUCCAUUCUGAACAGCCUCCUGAAAGUCUACUUCUUCGUGGGCUGUGCCAAUGACCCCAAGCGGCGGACAGAAACGGAACGGCUUCGGGCCCAGUGGGCCCUGCUGGAGACCGUGCACCUGGUUGGCCUGGCCCUGUUCCUGACCAUUGUGGACGCCCGGGUGGCUGCCCUGGUGGUGCUGGAGUUCUCCCUACGCGCUGUGUCCAUGCUGCUGUCCCUGCGAAAGGGCACCCAGGGCCUAGAGACGCUGCAACUCUACCUACUGAGCCAGUAUGCACUGGGCUGUGGGCUGAGCUGCGGGCUGAGCUUCCUGCAGGAAGGCGCCCCGCACCGUACACUCAGCCUGCUGCUCAGCCUUGCGCUGGCUGCGCUGCUCCGCUCGGGUGCCCGCCGCCUCUGCCACCACGUCUGCUGCCUCUACGAGCUGCACAGCAGCCAGCGCUACUGUGGGGUCUGCCUGGGCCUGCUGGCAGGCGCUCAUCGCCUCCCCAUGCUGCUGGGCCGUGCCCUGACCGUGGCCUUCGCUGUGGGCAACCUGGCGGCCGUGGCCCUCAUCAACCAGGACUUUCUGAGCACCUCGGAGGCGGUGCGCUUUUGGACGCCGCUCACGAUCUGCUACACACUGCUGGUCAUCUACAUGCAGGAGGAGCAGCGGCAGCAGCGCUUCAGCAUGCAGAACCAGGUGCAGACGGUGCUGGUGCGCAUGGGCGGCCUCUUCGUGCUGCUGCUGACUGUGGGCCGCUGGCUGGACUUGCUGGGCCUCCUCUUUUCCUUGCUGGGCGAGCUCUGGUGCCUGGCGGGCGUCCGCACCCUGCUCGACCUCUGCCAGCUCCAGGACUUCCCAUCCCAGCCUGCAGUUUCUGUGCCCAGCAAGUCCCUGCGUUCGGCCCCCACUGAACCCCAGAAGACAGCACCAUCGUGAUCCACCGCAGGGAGAACCCAGACACAAUCCCGGGCCCUCAGAGCCUGACCUUCUAGGCCUUGACCUCUGCAUGCUGCCCAGAGCAGGGGCAGGGCUGGCUCCUCCUGGACCACAGGACAGGCCCUGGGGCAUCUGAAAAGGGCAGCUGGGGCACCUGGAGGCCCCCAAGUUAACUCCAGGUGGGUGUUGGAUGCAGCCCCCAUGAAGGAUGGGGGACAGCUGAGUCCUCGAAGCGGCUUCUCCCUUUGCUGGCCUCCCUUCCUGCCUCAUGAACAAUAAAGAUGAAUUUCUCCACUAGAGUUUAGAAUUACAAAGUCAUGGAGAGGGUAAGAGGCUUUUGAAUCAGAGCAGGUGGCACACACAUGCAGUCCCAGCACUCUGGGAGGCUGAGGAAGG